AAAAAAAUUGGCGGUUGGCGUAGUUGCCUGCAGUCUUAAUGCUUUUGACUAAAAGAGGUGAAAUUUGUUCGAGCAAAUGUAAACUCACUCGAAAUGUAACCAAACCAAGCGCUCUAAGUCAUCUCAGUCUUCUACUCUGGUUCGUAUAGACCCGGAAAUAGUUUGUUAAAUGUGCGCGGACAAACUCAUAAGAAGUUCGAGGGCUAAGUUGGCUAGCUAACUGUAAACUUUGGAGCUAGCGGUGAAAGCUAGCUGGUUAGCUGUUUGGUACUGAAGAUAGCCUGUGAAGCUACUUGGGCGAGCACGUCGCUGCACUUCACAUCGGAAUAAUGGCGAAUCCAGUUUCAUCACAGAAAAAGAAUGGAAAAUAUCUCUGGUUUGCUCUUCUCGGGCUUGGAUUCCAACCAGACACAGAAAUGUCGUCGGUCGCCGGUAAAACCAACAUUAACGUGAAACACAUCAACUUGGGACCGAAUAUGUUCGACAAACCAAACAAGGAUGCCUUCUACAUAGUGACCCAUUUCUUGUUGUAUAAACUGAAUCCGACACGAUUCAAUGAGACAUACAGGCACUGCUGGCCGGUUCUGAAUCAUAAAGCAGACGCUGAAUUCCGCAAAGUGACAUGCGCUUGGCUGCGAGAGAUUAUGGAUGAAACUGCAAAUGCAGGAUCCAAAGUGGUAGCAUCCUUGUUCCUCUCACCUGGAGGCCCCAAGUUUGUCAGCUUGAUGCUUCAGCUGGCCAAUCAUGUCAUGCUGCAGGAAAUGAAGACGUUAACUUUAGAUGGUAGCUGGGUUCCCGAGGCUGCAGCGAUGCCUGCUUCCUCCUUUGACAUCGCCGUGAAGCGAUUCAACCCGGUCUAUUCCAGAUUUUUAAAAGCUGCAGUGGACCAGGAUCGUUUUCUACAUGAAUAUCAGAAACGUGCCCAGAGCUUAGUGAAAUCAAGGAGGGAUGCCAGAGAAGAAGGAGCCAAAUAUGAUGAGCUACUCAAGCGCUUCAGUAGUGAUCCUACACAAGAGGGAACAUCUCCAGCAGAGAAGACAAAAAAGGUGCGUGCCCUGUGGUCGACCAUUGAUGGAAUGCUGUCAGCCACCAAACAGGAGCAGCAGGCAGUGGAAAGUGUUCUGAAGGGGGAUGUAGACCAAUACAUCCUGGAUGGAACAAAUAAAACCCUUAAAAUUCCUCGGACUCUGCUUGAGAGAGUUGAACAGCUCCCAAACCAGUUGAGCUCAGGAAAUGUGUAUGAGGCUGGCCAGCUGAACCUCCUGUGUGUGUUUGAGCUGACGAACCACACGCUGCAGCUCCUGAAGGAAGAGCGUUCUCGAGUCUCACAUGCUCCCAAACCCCAGCUUAGUCCAGAGCAUCUAAAGGAGAAGUGUCAGCAGAUAACCCGUGUGCUACAGGACCUCCACCUUGUCAGGCAGAAGAUUUCCAAGGAAGGAAUUCCUGAGGUUAAGAAUAACAUAAGGGAAGUGGACGCUGAGUGGGACAGGAAGUGGAUGGAAACACUGAAAGACACGCCCCUAGUCUCUUUUCUGAAAGAAGAUCCUGCUCUAGGCUUCCUCUCACCAAUGGCUCCACUGUCCUUUGAACCAGCAACUGAUGCUACUUACAGAAGUAGUGUCUUCUCCCAGUUUCCUGCAUCACUUCUUGAAGAGAAGCCUGCAGAGAGUAAAUCACAGGAGGGAUUCCACAUCAGUUCUUCUAACCUGAACAGCUCUUUCCCUUCAGCAGCUGAAAGGAUCGAGAGUCCUGCUGUCACAGCUUUACCACCAUCACAAGCGAACACCUCUCUGGAUUGGCUGUUUGACACUCCUCCAGCCCCACCUGUGUUAGCUCCCACAGUGCCAUCACCUCAAGCCAGUGUGAGGAAAACAGCCCGUGUUCACCUGAAGACUUCUCCCUCUGGGAACAAGGCUCAGAUACUGAAUAUGGAGUGUGAUAACCUUGCUGAUCAGUUUGCAGAUGCUGUCACCACAACUAGCCCCACAGAUUGCAGGAUCAAAGGUUUAGACUUGGAGGGACUUUUGAGCACUCUUCAUGGAGACCCUUUCUCUACUAGGAAGCAGCUGCCACGCACUCCUGAGAGUUUAAUUAUGGAUGUGAAGAGCUCAUGGCGUAAAGCACUCGAGGAAGAUAAAGCUGAGAAAAUGGGGCGCUCAGCCAAGUUUGAAGAAAGCGUAAUGGGCCGGCUAACUCCCCUUGACGAGCCUAGCAAUGCACCACUGGGCCCUGAUUCUCCCUCCAAGAGCAGUAUCAAAACUACAGCCACGAGCCACAGCAGCCCCCCUGUCAGCCAGGAGGAGGUCAAAUCCACUCUGCUGUGGGACACCUUCAACACCCAGGACAGCCCGAGUGGCACAGGCAGCAGUGCAGUCCAGUUCAGCCUCGAGCAUGAAACUCUUCCAGAAAUGCCGAGCUGCGACAGCCUGCUGAGCCUCGACGAUGAGGCAUUAGACAUGAACAUGGAAGACGACGAUCUCCUCAUCCCCUCCUUUAAGAAUGAGGAGAGGCAAUCACCGUUUGCCACACGAGAUCACCUUAGUGAGCAGGCAUGUGAUGUUGAGUCCCUCAUGGAAAGCAUGAAGAGGACACCUGAGUGUCUUCUGUCUGGUCACACAGUCCCAGGUUUGGAUAAAGACUGGCUUAUUGAGCCUUCAAAAUCAAAGGAAGCCACAGACAAAGUUUUCUCAUUGGACCUAGACACACUGGAGAUGUCAUCACCCCCCACGAAGCAGGAGUACAGCCUCCCAAAACUGAUCACAUUCUCCCCAAUAGAUGAUAUGAAGUGUUAAAUAACUUAAUGUUGAAACUCCUUGUCUUUAUUGAACUCCUAAUUUUUAACAAUUAUUUGCACAUCACUGUAAAUAACUUUAUUCUGUCAUAAGUAAAGACAUUUUCUGAGCAUAGAUGUCUGUUUUAACUUUAAAAGAUGGACAUGAACUACUAAAUAAAAUUGUAAAAAAGGGCUGUUUUACUUUGUACAUAACUUCAGUUGCUAACUUUGCUAUGAUUUUCUUUUGUAAAGGUGCAAAAAAAAUCUUAAUCCCAGGGACUAGUUUUCCUUAGAAAUAUUUGUGUCCACUAUACUCAAAAAGAGACAGUCUGCCUCUAUCUCCUAACGUUAACAUUGCACUAUUAUGGUUUUACCUCUAUUUGAAGGUUUAUGACCUCAAUGUUAGAACAAACAAGGUAAGUCAUGUCUAUGUAAUACUUAAGUUGUUAAAUGUUGAAAUAAACAUUUGAAAAUAAACUAAAUGCAAACAU